CCGAGAUGAAACAUGCACUGACUUCUAUUUAUUAUUCAUUCGCCUUGAGGUCUUAAGUCUUGAUCGGUGGAAGGAUGCUACACGCUGUCAAUAAUCAAUGAAGUGUCUGAAUGAUCUCCUCGUCUCCUCCCCUCAGAUGCGCUGCGCAUCAUCCAGCGCUCGCGCUCUCCCUCACUUCAGCGUCUCUCAAGAGCGCGUCUCCUGGUCUUAUGUGAGCUCACUGGACGCGUCAUUUAACGCCAGCGUCUCGGUCAUUCAGUCCAGACAGAGCGAGGCAUACGGAGACAAGAGGCGGAGAGUAAGAGGAGCACGGCCGCUUCACCCAGACAGACGCGCGAGACAAGGUCGACGGAGCCGGAGCGUUACGAGCGGUUCUGCGCGUCGCGCUCGGACGCUCCAGACGCGGGUGUUCAGCGCUCUCUCCACGAGUUGGGAUCCAGGGGUGUUAAAUCUGGAGGCGGGGAGCCUGGGAUGAGCCUGCUGUCGGGGGGCUUCGGCAUGGCGGGCUGGGGGUCCGGCUGUGUCCUGAUGCUGCUCGCGCUCUGGAGGCCGGGUGCCGCUUGUCCGGAGCGCUGCACGUGCACGGGCGCGCGGAUCUCGUGCGUGGAUGCGGAGCGCAGCAUUGUGGCUUUUCCCAUGCUACAGUCCGAGGCAGAGAUGGAGAACAUCACAGACAUAUACAUUGCAAAUCAAAGCAGCUUCAAAUCCAUUAAUGAAAAAGAUCUGGACUUGUACCGCAACCUCAGAAACUUAACCGUAACGAACACGAGGCUCGCAUAUAUUUCACGGCAGGCCUUUCAGAGCAACCUCAAACUACAAUAUCUGAAUCUGAAAGAGAACAAUCUGUCCAAUCUUUCCUGGAGGACGUUUCGUCAUUUAAACAUUUCAUAUCUGCUGCUGGCGGGCAAUCCUCUGCAGUGCAUCUGUGAAAACGUGUGGCUGAAGCAGUGGAGAGGAGAGGAGGCCGAGGACCUGCUGUGUGUGGAGGAGAGGGGAAGGAGGAGAGCACUGUCUGCGCUCAAACUGACCAACUGUGUUCUCCCCACUGUGACUCUCAAACCCACUAAAGUGACCAUGCAUAAAGGGUUAAAUGUGACGCUGGUGUGCAGCACCUCAGGAAUGCCCACGCCUAAUCUGAACUGGAGCACCUGCAAAUUAAAUUCAACGUACGAGCACGAGCGCUCGGGUCAGAGGUCAGAGUUCAGACUCGUCAAUGUCUCUUCGCUGGACAACGGAUGCAAAAUCACCUGCAGCUCAGAAAACAUGGUGGGACAGGCUGAUGCCUCCGUGGAUCUGGACAUACUGUUUCCUCCUGUAAUCAGCAAGCUGAUGGAUGCGAUCUCGGACCACCACUGGUGCAUUCCCUUCAGCGUGUCGGGCAACCCAGAGCCCAAACUGAGCUGGUUAUUAAACGGCAAACCCGUGGAGGAGGGUCCCUUCAUCCGGACCAUGAUCUACGAUUACUCGGAGGGCGAGUACCACGGCUGCUUACACCUGGACAGUCCCACGCACAUCAACAACGGAGAAUACACACUGCUGGCCAGGAAUGAACACGGAGAGAACCGCAAGGCAGUAUACGCGCAUUUCAUGCACGAGCCGUGGAACGAAUCAGUUACUGAUCCGCUGUAUUAUGAUGACACUCCUGUUGGACCGCCUGAGGACAAAGUUGCUGUGUACGUGGUCGUGGGAAUUGCGGCGGUCACAUUCACAGGCUUCAUCCUGAUGCUUGUCAUUCUGAAGUUUGGACGCAACUCGAAGUUUGGAAUCAAAGGUCCUUCCUCAGUCAUCAGUAAUGACGAUGACUCUGCCAGUCCUCUUCAUCACGUGUCCAACGGCUCUAACACACCCUCGUCCUCGGACAUGAACGCGGACGCCGUCAUCAUUGGCAUGACCAAGAUUCCUGUCAUAGAGAACCCGCAGUACUUCCGCAGCACCAGCAGUCUGCUCAAAUCUCAUACAUUUGUUCAGCACAUUAAGAGGCACAACAUUGUACUGAAGAGGGAACUUGGAGAAGGAGCGUUUGGGAAAGUGUUUCUGGCCGAAUGCUACAACCUGUCCACAGAUCAGGAGAAGAUCUUAGUGGCUGUCAAGACUUUGAAAGAGGCCAGCGAGAACGCCAGGAAGGACUUCCAUCGUGAGGCCGAGUUGUUGACCAAUCUGCAGCACGAACACAUCGUCACAUUCUACGGCGUGUGUGUGGAGAGCGAUCCACUUAUUAUGGUGUUUGAGUACAUGAAACAUGGCGACCUCAAUAAGUUCCUUAGGGCUCACGGUCCUGAUGCAGUACUGAUGGCUGAGGGACAGGUGCAGCAGCAGGCAGAGCUCACUCAGUCUCAGAUGCUGCAUAUUGCACAGCAGAUCGCCGCAGGCAUGGUGUAUCUGGCUUCCCAGCACUUUGUUCACAGAGACCUGGCCACACGAAACUGCCUAGUCGGGGAGAAUCUCUUGGUGAAGAUCGGAGACUUUGGGAUGUCCCGAGAUGUCUACAGUACGGAUUACUAUCGGGUUGGAGGUCAUACCAUGUUGCCAAUCCGCUGGAUGCCACCAGAAAGUAUCAUGUACAGGAAGUUCACCACGGAGAGUGACGUCUGGAGUCUGGGAGUAGUGCUGUGGGAGAUCUUUACCUAUGGGAAACAGCCCUGGUACCAACUGUCAAAUAAUGAGGUGAUUGAGUGUAUCACCCAAGGUCGUGUACUGCAGCGACCCCGGACCUGUCCGAAGGAGGUGUAUGACUUGAUGCUGGGAUGCUGGCAGAGAGAACCGCACAUCCGACUCAACAUUAAAGAGAUCCAUAACCUGCUCCUAAACCUGGCCAAGGCAUCACCGGUGUAUCUGGACAUCCUGGGAUAAGAGAGCUAUUGCCACAUGUGGGAUUGCGACUGGAUUCCCGAAACAGCCCCCUCCUCUGUCCAACCCAAAAUCUCCUUCUUCUACAACUUUAACAUCUCCUUCCUUGUCCUCCUCCUCAUCAACGUAUUCUCAAUAUAAUAUGGAGAUGGGAUCUUGUACAAUGACAAUGAAUGAUGCAUUUCUGAACAAGAACAGACUAAAUGGAAAGAGCCGCAUUGAAGUGACUAUAGUUUAGUUACCAAGAAUAAUAUUGUCAGCCGUCCUCAACUUCUGGAGCAAGUUCACACCUGUAAAUUCCAUUUGGGAAAAAAUGCAUUUGGGACUUGAGGAAGGGCAUCCCUCUUAAUAACAGAGGAAACAGCAGCUCCAUAAACGAUGACCAAACACAAAUUUGAGAAAAAAAACAACAACUUUUCUGCCCAUCAGAGUCCUGUCGGCUCCCAUCUGUUGCAUCCUUAAUCCGAUACAAAGCACAGAACUUGAAACUGGCAUGGACCAACAGUGGCAAGCUGCGACUAUAUCUAUAUGUAUACAUGUCUGUUUAUGGAACUGGACGCUAACAGUGUAGUUUCACAGUUGAGCUACUCUAAAUAAAAGCUUCUGGACGCUGACAGGAUGUUGUUGCUGCCGAACUCAUCUGAAAUGGAGAACUAACCAAUUAAAAUGUGGCAAGAACAUAAGCAUUAUUUAGUCCCCACCACUUUUGCCAGGGCCAGUUUUGUCCCUCCAUUUUCACCAAAUUUGUGGGUUAUGACGAGUGCAGUGGACGUGUCUCCAAUUGUCAAGCAAAGGAUAUCAUUUUGUUAGUAUGAGUAGCGAUCUGGUGAUGUAAUUAGUUAUGAUACAUGAAUUUUGGAAAUUUCUGUAAAUAAUUUCGGUAGCACUUUAUUUUACAGUCCCGUUCCUCAUGUACAUACUAUGUACUUAUUAUAGUAAUUACAAUAACUAUGUAAUAACUAGAAACUAACCCUGAACCUACCCCUAAACCUAACCCUACCCCAUGUAGUUACCUUGUAUUACCAGAACUUUCUUAGAUAAAUACACUGUAAGUACAUGUUAGUACACGUACUGUAAAAUAAAGUGCAACCAUAAUUUCACAUUUUACUUUUGACUCGAGCACAUGCUCUACUACUGAACUGAUUUCUGGAUCAAUGCUUCAUAUUUAUAAGAUCAUUACUAACCUUAUUCAUGUUCAUAAGCCAAGCCUUUGCCAUUUUGUGGUGUUCAACCAGCAUGUCUGUUUUCUGUUCCUGUGUCUAGCAAAAAAUCAACGCCAUAUCUUCACGUUUGUAUACGGUAUGAGCUAUGGAGGGCAAGAUGGAGUCAUUUGAGAUGAGGCCAUGCCUCAGCUUUUCUUACAGGAGCUUAAUUACGCAAAGUGGCCGAUUAUGACGGUUAUGCAGGCUAAAUUAUGACCUUUGCUUUCACUCAUUCUCGAUCGCCAUGUUUUACUACUGAGUGGAAGCACUAAUGUAGUACUCAAGCUUCGGGUUGUGUAACUGCUAUAGUAUAAUAUAUAUUUCAUUACAGGACAAAUGUCUCCUAUUAGCUGCAACUCCCUCUAGACUCAUAUACGCUACCAUUGGGGAAAACAGUAGAGACAGGAGGGGACAGGAUGAAGAGAAUGAGACGAGGGGAGGAAAAUAAUGUUAAACAGAGAUAAACAUGAGUCACCUCACUAUAACCCACAUUUCUUCUUCCUUUUAUCGUAAAUAAAUGAUUAUAUCUAUUUAUCACCAUAGAGAUCCUAUCCCAACAUUCUUUUUUUUUAGUUCAUUAUUGCUCCGUCAAUCCCCUCUCCCGUUGGAGACUUUGCACACUGGACUCCAUGGCAUGAAUUUGUGAACAAAAAUCUUCCAAUCAAUUCAGGUGUUGAGCGAAAAGUUCCAAAAAUGUAUUAUUUAUCAAUUAUUUAUUUUUUGGAAAUAAGAAUUGUUAUCUUUAAGAUAUGUAACUUUUAAUUUAAUAUUUAUUUUGUACUUAUUGUGAAGCACUCUUGUUUUUUUUACUUUGUUUUUUUAUUUUAUUUCAAAUAAUUAUUUUUCAUAUUAUUAUUAUUCUUAUAAUUUUAAUAUUUGGUUGAGAAUGAAUAUAGAGGUGGUUUCUGGGUUCAAUUAUCAUGGAAUGGGAUGUAUUAAUGUAAAAAGACAAAAUAGUACAUAUUUUGGAUGAACAAAGAGAAAACUUUAGGUUUAAUGUUCAAGUUAAAUUCACACAAAAGAAGCCUAAUUUUGGAUUUUGACCAUUUUUCAUGAUCAUUAAGAAUAGUUUCAAAUUCUCACUGACAUUUGCAUUUUGCGUUUUUUAUUUUUAUUUUUAAUUUGUAAUUCUUAUUACUGUAAUAAAGUCAUUUUUACUGUAGAACAAUGUUUUUACUUUAAAUUCACAUAAUUUCGAGACAGUAUAACAAACUAUCACGAAAUAUCAGGUUUUUUUUAUUACACUUUGAAUGUCAUUACUUUUUCUCAUUACAGUGAUGGCUAUGAUUUGUAUUUUUUUUUAUGAUAUAAAUGGCAAUGGGGUAAAAUGAGCUUAAUAGUCAAGAAAAUAAUGCCUCAAUGUGAUUCCUUUGUUUUUCAAUGUUUAAAUCAUGAAAAUGAUUGUUUGAGAUACAAAUAUGAAUGAGUUUCAGUGGCUCAGAUUAGUCUUGCCUUACGCAAAAAAUUCUCCAAAGCGUCCUGCGACAGAACAAUAAACUGUGACUGCAUAUCAGACACCAUCUUCUACAUGUCCAGAACUUCUUCUGAUGUUUCAGAAUGUCUAUAAGCUUACCACAAUUAAACAAAUGUUAAGGUCAACAUGAAAGCAAAACUGACCCUCGUCACUUUCUUACACUUUUACUGUUUCUUAUUGUGCACAUUAUUACACAGACAAAAGUCAUUGUGUAACUCUAAAACAACUUGCCUUUUCUGUUGACAUUACCAAUCACCAAUUUACAGAAGUAAAAUGGCUUUCAAAGGCCGUUUCAUGUUGACUUUAACUCCAAAAUUGGGAAACCUACUCCCUUUUCUUAACACUUUUUAACAGGCCUAUUGACACCUGGAAAGAAGAGUGUCACAAGUAGUGUGAUCAUUUCAUUUAUGUAAUUAUAGAGUUAUAAAUUCAUCCGCAAUCAAAUGUCCUCAUCUGUAUGAGAUAUAUGGACCAGUCAAGUUGUUCCGUCAUUGUAUUUAAUAAAAGUGUAAUGUCUUACCUCAUAA